UUUAAAGGCAGUGCUUUAAUGCCUUUCUAGUUGCCGUGUUAAUCUUUCUUUCCGCGAUAUCCAACUUAUCUACGUGGGGGGUCAUUAGGCUCCAAGUAGAUCCGGAAAAUGUUGAUUCUCUCCUCUUCUUAUUGUGAUAUAAAAUGUUUUUUGUUUCAUUUCAUUUACAUUGGGAAAUAGAGAAACGAUCAUUGUGUUUUGUUAGUUUUAAAAACUUUUGAUAUAUUUGUAUUUUACAUUAUAAGCAGUCAACCGAUUGACAAACUAGAAUUAUUUGAAUUCCGUGUGGAAAGAGGUCGGGUUAAUUUCGAGUGUUAUCUGCAAUCUAGAUGUUUAUAAAUCAUUUCAGUCGUUGAUAUAAUAAUUAAAGGUCGACUGAACAUGAAUUAUAUUAUACAAUUUAAAGCGCAUUUCUGUUUAUGCACGCGAACCCGUCUAACGUUAUUGUUAUUUCUCAGUUAUAUAAAGUAGCAAAUUAUCGUUCCUGAAUAGGUGGCGCCGUGGAAGCCGAUCCUGUUCUUCAACUUCCGGUUUCUGCAAUGUGCAACUAUACAGUUGCAUUUUUAAUUAACGAUGCCAAAUACUUGUUGUUGUGUACCUGGAUGUCAUUUAAGAGGAGGACAUGCAUUUCCAAAUGACUUAAAAAGAAGGAAAAGUUGGAUCAACGCCAUGGCCCAUACGCAGAUUGGACGAGAACACGAUGAAAUCGUGGAGUCCAUCUCAAUCAGCUGUUGUUUGCAAGGCACAUUUUACUGAAAUAGACUACGUGCAGGAAACUAUUCAUGGGUGCAAACCCACCAUACAGAGACUUAAGUCUACUGCCAUUCCCAGCCUAUUUUCCUGGACCAAGCAAGAGACUGAAUCGUCCGCAAAAAGAAAAAUCAGGGCAGUUUCCUGUGAAAACAAAAGAACUAAACUUGAUGAAUAUUGUAGUAGAAAUCUAGAGGAAAGUUUUGAUUGUAAAGUUGGUUUUCCUGAAGAAGUCAUUCAUACUGCAGACAUGAUUUAUGACUGUCCACCACCAACUGCCGAGCUAAUGUUGAGCUUCACAGAUGGAAUUACGCAAACACCAUCAAUGCCUAUAUUUUCAGCAGAGAAUUUUGAAAUGAAGACACGUGACACAGCCAUGCAUUUAUAUACCGGUUUAGAGUUGUAACUUGUAUACUAAAUUUUUAUUUGUUUUGACCACACUUGGUCCAGCAGCACAUUGUUUGAGAUACAUAUAUUUUCAAAUUGAUAGGGUGUCAUUUGAAAAUCAGUUUUUUUAUGACUUUGAUGAAAUUGAGGCAUUAUACAACCAACUUUGAACUGUCUAGAUUCUAGAUUGAAACUAGUGUUAAGAAUAUUGUGUAAACAUGGAUUGUUUUUAUGUCUAAACAGUGGCGUGAGGCUAACACUUGGCCAUUUAGUGGUUUAGUCAAAUAUUUUUCGCCAUCCAACUUCAAAUUAAAGUUUCCUACAACUUGGAUUAUUAUUGA